AAGGCUGCCAUUAUGAAUGUGUCCCCAGUGAAAGUUUUAUAUAUCUUUUUUAGCAAGUAUAUACAAGGAGGUUUGACAAGAAUAAUGAAAUAUUUUUGUAUGUAAUAGAGGAGAGAAGUUGUUUAUCAAGUCAUUUGGAAUUUGAGCGAAAAAGAUUUUUUAAAAAAAAAAAAAAAUAUUUCAUAGGAUUUGUGAAAAGCAACUUCUUACCCUCUAUACUAUACAAAUAUAAUUUUUCAAUGCAGGAAUCCCUUGCCACUGUUAUACCAAAAACGAAGUCAUUGGCGCGUGGUGAUGAGUUUUAAAACACCUUAAAACCAUUGCAUUGCAUUUGUUUUUUUGACGCGCUAUGUUAGCAACAAUGGGAUGUCUUCUUUCACAUAACAGUCACUUCCAGUUAUUCGUUCAUCGCUGAAGCCCGCCAUGGUUGGCGCUUCUAGGUUCAAAAUAUUUCUCGUUCAUUAGUUAUAAUGUACUUUAUUAAUUCUUUUCCAAUAUUUUUAUCUUUUCCAUUAGCUGUGUAUUUUCAUAGCCGGACAUGUGUUGAAAUUUUCUUUGCGAGAAAUUCGACAGGUAUAGGUAACUACUUUGUACUACAUCCUUCAGCAGAUUAUUAUAUUUUAUUUAUUUGACAGUAUUUUGACACUUGCAGCUAUUCUGCAUCCGAAGAUAUUUUUACUUUUAAUCAAAGAGCUUUGAGAACAGGAAAAUUCCCGCUUAUGGAGAAAUGUAAUUUUCACGACUAGACUUUAGCUCCUUUACCUGUUUCUGAAAAAAACAGCUAUAUAAACGAGGAAAAACGAUUGUGCGUGUUUCAAGCUUGCUUUGUAAGCCGCAAAGCCACCGAUAUCUUCAGGAAAAAAAGCUUAUUCGAUAGUGUGGUCAAGAAAAAAGUGAGAAUCAAAAUUUUAUUGCUCAAACAUCGGCAAUUCAUUUACUUCGCCAGGUGUUUUGUGAAAAUUGCGUUUGUAUAUUCUUGCAUGUUUAUUUUUUACGAUGAAAAUAUACAUUGGUUUCUAACCGGAUAAUGAGCUAUUUGUAUUUUACAGAACCGAUCGGCAAUACUAUACCAUUCGCGCCCAGUACUGAGAAAAAUAUAUUUAUUAAUGACAACGUGGAAAUCCUGGGUGAGAUGUUACGGAAAACUUCGCUGGCAAAGGAAAAUAGAAUAAGCUUUGUUGAUUUGUCUGACAACCCUGGGGGUGCAACUACCAGUGAGAACGAAAAACAAGUAAAUAACGGAACAGAUUCUGUCUUUAAUUACUUGGUUUUUUCAUGGUGGCGUGAAUACAAGAGCCUUAUUUCAGUGUUAUACUUUCAAACAGCAGUAUCGCUUUUCUCUAUACUUUUAAUUCGUUAUUCGCUAAUUGGAAUUUUACUAAAGAUCACAGCAAACCACACCAAGGAAAGUUUGUUAGCCCUGCCUGCAAUCCCUUCAAAGAUUUCCACGGAAAUAAAAAAGAAGCUCUUUGUACAAGUAUCGGAUCAAUCCGAAUCGGAAAAUUCGGACGACGAGAUUUUUGUUGAGUGUUCGUCUACUAUGCUACCAAGCGUGGAACGAGAAGAAAGCGUUCCGAAAGCCAAUCAGGACGAAGAGAAAUACAUGAAGACGAUCAAAAGCGAUAUAAGUAAAGAAGGCGUAACAAGCACGCCAUUUUGUGAACGAAACCACGAUCCUGUUUGUGAGGGCAUAGCGCUUGAUAAUGAAAUGCCUUUUGUACAAGAUCUUGACGAAUCGUGCGGAUUUACAACGUCGACCCCACGCGAUAGCGUCAUUGCUCCUAUUGGAGUUAUGGAUAGCUUGAAUGAGAUCUCCCCGGAGAAGUUCCGUCGCUAUCUACACGAAAAAAAUCAAGAAAUUGAACGACUUGGUAUUAGUUUCGACGAAGAUGGUUACAUCAAAGAAGACAAUGAUGCUUCAACUUCAGUUCCCGCCAAAUCUGAUGCAGUCAGCAAGUUGGAUUUUAGCAUGUCAAGUCUUCGUCAAUCCAUCUGGCAUAGAAUUAGUUUUGUUUUUUAAAGUAGAACUCUCCGUAUGCGUUUUUUUCCUUCUAAGACCGGUCAAAAUUGUACUAUAACGUAUAAAUCUUUCUUCCUUAUCUGGUCAACAAUUAAAGCAACCUUGUACCUAGCUGUAUCUAAAUGUGAGAGUAACAACUAUCUGGAGAUCUGGUCCACCAUUUAAGCAACCUUGUACCUAAUUCUAUCUAUAUGUGAGAGUAACAACUAUCUAGGGAUCUGGUCAACAAUUUAGGCAACUUCGUACCUAGCUCUAACGAAAUAGGACCUUGGAAAAGUUACUUCCAAAGUAUUUAGUUUCUCAUGACUCCAAGAAAACAACGCUGUUAUUAUAUAUGCUAGAAUAACUCUUCUGUUUUCUUUAUAUUCUUUUGUUUCGUCUUUCCUAAUUCUUUUUUCUGUAGUUCUUACGUUAUUUUUCUUUUUUUUCUUAGGCAUUUUUUUUUGAAAGAUACUAUCUUAUUUGUGAAAGUUUGAAUAGAACCAACUUUGUUCCCAAGGUUUUUUAAGGUUUUAAAAUGCCUAAGAAUCCCUGGGGACGAGGUUGAGGUAUUCGCUAUUA